UUUAGCUUUUUUUUUUUCGUGUAGACAGUUCCAAUGCUGCUCCUUAUAGUACUGCACACAGAAUCAUUUAGCAUCUGCUGCUCCAUCUAUCCCUUUGGAUAGAAACUUGCUUUUGCUUUUUUCCCCUCAUGUCUAAUAUACGAAGACUGAGCUGAUAGGGAUUAAUCUCUGAAAGGCUCAGGUCAUGGACAGCACUUUUUUUGCUACCACAGCUCCAAGCAGAGCUGGAAAGCAGGUACGACAGGCGCAGCUCCAGGGAGUGGCGUGGGAGGGAAGCUGAAGAGGAGGAGCGUGAGGAAACCAGGCUGCUACUGCUUUACCACUGCUUCAUCCUCAGCCCUCUGGCACAGACUUAUCCUCUGUCACAAGAUUUCCUCCAUCAGCAGCUACCAAACCUCUUAGAUGAGACCAGUUCCUCAGAACCUUGUCUGACUUCCUGGAAGAUACAGAAUCUGGAAGAAUCAUCUGAAGAAAAUUGCUUCCUAAAGCAAAAGCACAGGGCAUUGGAAAACCCAAGCAUUCAGCCUCUGGCCACCGUUAACAAACACAGAUCUUCCCCACAGCAGUCAGGGCUGCAGCAACUGCUUCCUGGUCUCCAAGCAGUCUAGAUCCAUGGAGGAGGAGGAGGACAACUUUGUGCUUUUCUUUGGGGCCAACACCAGCAAGUGCAGCCUCGAGACCAACCAAACAGGAGCCCCACCAUGCUGGUCAGGGGCUGCCAAAGGAGGUCCUGAGGUGGUGAUCGUACCAGUGCUUUUUGGUUUGAUUUUUCUACUGGGAAUGGUGGGGAACACACUGGUGUUUGUUGUUUUGGGUCGUCUCCGGCCUGGGGGACGCCCAUCACGCAGUGCCACCAACAUCUUCAUCCUGAACUUGAGUAUUGCAGACUUCUCCUUUCUACUCUUCUGUGUCCCCUUCCAGGCCACUAUCUACUCCCUGCCAGAAUGGAUCUUUGGUGCCUUCUUUUGCAAGUGGGUUCACUACUUGGCCAUGGCAACAAUGCUGGUCAGCAUCUUCACUCUGGUGGCCAUGUCUGUGGACAGGUACAUUGCUGUGGUUCACGCCAAGCGUUCGUCCAGCAUCCGCAGCAAGCGCAACGCUACCCUCGGUGUGGGCAUCAUCUGGUUGCUGUCUCUACUCAUUGCCAUCCCUGUGGCCCAGCACCAGGCCCUUAUGAGCGGUCAUCAACAAGCACCCAACAGCUCCUUCUGCUGGGAGAAUUGGGCAGAGGGCUCAACAGCCAAGCAGACGUACAAGGUCAUGAUCCUGCUAGUGGGAUACCUCCUGCCUCUGGUGCUCAUCACCUGCUGCUACGCCAAGGUUUUGUACCAUCUCCACACAAAAGUAAAGAAUAUUUCUAAGAAGUCAGAAAGAUCAAAGAAGAAGGUAAAUAUCUUUGAUUUAAUUUGUACACUAAUGUAAUUGAUAUGUCAUGUUUUUUAAAUAACUAGUAUCCUUUUCAAGCUCCAUUCAGUUACAAAUGUCAUCCAUGUCUUUCAGCUGAAGUUCAGAUUCAUGUUGUCAGUUUGUUGUAUCUUUAUAGACAGCACAAAAUGAGGCCAUUAUCGAAUUGCUCUAUUGAUCUCCACAUACAUGCCUGCUGGACUGUCUUUUGAUUCUUUGUGCUAUAACAAGUCCUACAAAUACAGUAUUUUUACACUGACAGGCAGAAAGAAAUUCAGACUAUAAGAAGAUGUAGGUAUUUGAGUACACUUCAGUAAGUUAAAAGGAAAGAACCCUGAAAACGAAGUACCUCAGUUUUGCAGCUGUUUGCAUUGCAGUUCUUUAAUGUUUACAACUGGUAUUUGGUGGUUUUAGAUCUUGGUUGGCACUUUGACCCCUUUGUGAGGCAAACAUCAGGGGUUAUUCCAUUCAAGCUGUAUGAAAAACGCAGAAUUGUAAGAGUUUACCAAGGAAAAUACUAAAGAUGGAAUUUUCUCACUAAGGAUCUUUGAGUGGAUGAGUCAUAAUUAAUAACAGUUUUCAGAUAACAAAACUCACCAACAGCAGUGAUGCAACAUGAGAUUUACAGGACAUGAAAAGGAAAAACUCUACUUCACUCAGAAAUGUUAAAAUCAUUGUGCGUGCAGUGAUAAGAAAAACUGUAGGUUAUCUGCCUGGUCAAAGGCAAGUUGUAAUGAGGCACUAUCACUAGGUGCUGGUAGGACAAUCAAGUCACAGUUUCUGCCUGCAACACAGCAACCAUACAACCCAAAUGACCAGUGGGCAUGCCACCAACUACAUGCGACAGUCAGAGGAGAUGACUGGGAAAUGCUUUGAUUUGCCAGCUCAGCAGCUACCAUGACAAAAGGCAGUGAAGAUCUGUUGAUGAUUUUAUAUUAAAAAAUAGCAAAUGUGGUUCUUUUGCAUAGAAUAAUUUCAUGACUUCACAAGUUUACCCAGUUGCUUUAGGUGUAAAAAAUCUCCAACAAAUCCAUAAAAAUUUGCAUGGUUUAGAUUUCACUCCUAUUCCUUCCUUGCCUGUAUAUUUAUGUCCCAAUACAAGCUUAUUUCAUAUAUUUGAAAAGAAUGCUACCAACAGUCAAAGAUUACUAGUGUCAUCUUCCUGCAAUGCACUGAAGUUACAAAAUAAUUUUUCUUAAAUGACACUCAUUUCUUCAAAUGCAUCUUUCUGCACUGUUUCCACAUUUGACCUGUAGAGUUAAAUGGAAAACAGUUCCACAAUUUCUCCAACAGUUUGUUUCCUGAUUAUACACAACUGAGAGGAUAAUCUUAAAAUAUAUCUUUGACUGCCUUCUCAAACGUGUCAAUGAUAGAGCACUUUCUCUCCCUCCUGUUAAGUGCUUUCCUAGUCAUAGUUCUGGAAUGGCUAGAAGCUAUAGUUAAUUCUGGUACUUAGACCUAGUUAAACUGUUGAUCCAAAGAUUAAAAAAAAUAAAAAUAAAAAUAAAAAUCAGACAUCACACCACAUACAUGCAAACUAUCUUCCAAAAUUUGUCUCCUUCCAGCAUUUUCUGUUGAGAAAUCUGCUUUUCAUCUAGCUUUUUUUUGCAGACCAAAUAGAAUCUUUGGCAUCCCCAGUGCAACUACUUUUUGUUGCAACUACUUCUCUGAGCACUUUAUAAGGCAUCCUUCUUGCACAGUGUGCAGAUUAACUCCGUUCCCAUGUGUGCUUUCAGAGUAUCCUUGAAACACACUGAAUAUCAAUCAUUUAAAGCAGAUCUUCCUAAGAACACUUCACAUUAGAGCCUAAUAGGAAAUUCAUAUGUACAUGUCAGUUCUGUUAAAUUAGCUUCCUAUGUAUCUAAUUGAUCUAUUAAGGACAAGUAGUUGCACUUGGUUUUAAUUCAUAAACUUAAUUAGAGAUUAAAUGAACAGCUUUUGCUUAUUUUGCUCAGAAGUUUGACAAGUGAAUCUUGCUCCAUGUUCAGAAAGUUAAUUUAGCCUAUACAAAACAUGUAGCUUUAUGAAAUAUGUGUGAAAUUUCAGUGGAGAGACCUUUACCACCUUGGAUCCAUCAAAACCAAGUGUAACAUAAAAGCAAGAUCUUACAACACGAGGUGAUAAAAUUACUUGAUUCUCAUCUGUUAUUUUAGCAUGCAUUUGAUCACACUGACAGAAAAAAAAUCACAUACUGAUACUAAAAAAAGAAUUCAGUCUGGAUCUAUGGCCAUUCUUACUUCAUUCCUACAAAUUGAAGAAAACAGGACAACUGAGCUGAGAACCUCUCAGAGAAGGGUUUUAGUGAACGGCCUGUUUGUGUUGCUUUUGUUUGUUCUUAACAGAUAAGCAGCAAAUUUUGUAAACAGCUAUUCAUACA